GGCGGGUAGGUGUACAAAAUUUUUGCUCCACGUUUUUGCCUUUAAAUUUAUCUUUAAUUCUUUUCCACGUGCACAGAUCACUGCUGGCGAAUCGUUCCUGUGUUUAACACACCAAAAACAACAGCAAAAUGGCCAAGCGCACCAAGAAGGUUGGAAUCGUUGGUAAAUAUGGUACCCGUUAUGGUGCCUCCCUGCGUAAGAUGGUCAAGAAGAUGGAAAUCACCCAGCACAGCAAGUACACUUGCUCGUUCUGCGGAAAGGACUCCAUGAAGCGCGCCGUCGUGGGCAUCUGGUCCUGCAAGCGCUGCAAGAGGACCGUCGCCGGUGGCGCCUGGGUGUACUCCACCACUGCCGCCGCCUCCGUGCGUUCCGCCGUCCGUCGUCUGCGUGAAACCAAGGAACAGUAAACAUUAACGGAUCGUCAAUGGAAACAUCUAAUCCAAUGCUCCGCUAUGCUAGUUCCCGUAGUUUUAAUCUGACAACGCGAUUUUCCUGUGGUUUGCGCCGUGCCGGUCAUGUGAAAAUAAAAAAUGGUUUUUACUUUUAUCAGUA